UGUAUUCAACAAGACGGAUUCAUGAGCGUGCGAAGUGCUGAAAUCUAGUACUCAGCCUCCCGUGGCCUCUCUGACUAUUGACUUGGUGCGACCAGCGCUUCCGAAACCCAUAAACCUCCGGCCUGGCGUCUCGCAGCCAAAGAGCGCGGCCCUUCCUUCAAAGCCUGUCGGAUCAAGCCCAUAAUCGUGUCAGGUGAAACCUCAAUCUGAACUCUCAAUUCGUGUAGUCGGCAUGUCGGAACAGCCGUCUAGCGAACGCCAAAGCAAGUCUCAUAAGCGGAACACUGCACAUCGAAGACGUCGCGACGAUGACGACUUCGAGGACCGCUGGGGUGACGAGGAGUUUGUGGAAGAUGAAGAGACGGCCGACCAGGCAGACUUUCCGGAAUCCUCCUCCAAGCGGGUGAAACUCUCUGACGGUUCAGCCUCUCACCGAAGAGAAGCGACUCCGCCCACCGACACACCCGAAGAGAAGGCACGAAAAGAUAGAGACCAGGAUCUGAAGGAAAGGGACGAAUUUGCAGAGAGACUGGCUCAGCGAGAGAGGGACCGAUCCAAUAAGAUUCUGGAAGACCGUUCCGCACCCAAGGAUAGUGUAGCAGCUCAGCGGAGGGCAUUGGCUGACGAUGCUGCGGCACGAUCGGCUGUGAUGCCGGAUUUGAGAGAACGCUCAAGACAAGACUACCUCAAAAAGCGAGAGACAGAGCGACUGGCCCUGUUACGGAAACAGGUUGCUGAAGAGCAGGCAGAGUUGAGAGAAAAUCCGGAUUUGUCACGAAAAGAGAGAGAGGAAUUUGCACGAAACAAGGAGAUUUUACGCAUCGCCGAAGAACGGUUGAGCAUUGAUGACCAUCUAGAUGGCUAUGCAUUGCCAGAAGACUACAUCACGGAGAAAGGUAAGAUUGACAGGCGCAAGAAAGAACAAGCUCUUUACCAGCGCUACGUCGACCGAGAUGAGAGCGGAAGAGAGCGCUUCGUUACCGAACAUGAAGAGUGGGAAAAGGAGCAGACCAAGCGAGCUGAGGCGCAGAUCAAAAAGACGGAGUUUGUGGACGAGGGAGACUAUGGCUAUGUAUUCGAUGAAAGCCAGCAAAUGAAGUUUGUCAUGUCAGAGACACUCGGCGGAGACGUGGGCAAGGGCAUGACAAGAGAACAGCGCGAGAUGGCUCAAAGGUUGAGCGCUGCCGAAGCCAAAGCCAAAAGUAUUGACGAGACGAGGAAGAGUUUGCCCAUCUACCAAUUCCGAGACGAAAUCAUUCAAGCAACCAGGGAUCACCAGGUGUUGAUCAUUGUCGGUGAGACUGGCAGUGGGAAAACGACCCAAAUCCCGCAAUACCUCCACGAAGCUGGCUUUACCAAGGAUGGAAUGAAAAUUGGAUGUACUCAGCCUCGAAGAGUGGCUGCCAUGUCCGUUGCGGCAAGAGUGGCAGAAGAGAUGGGCAAACGACUGGGCAACGAAGUCGGGUAUGCUAUUCGGUUUGAGGACAACACAAGCGAGAAGACUGUCUUGAAGUAUAUGACAGAUGGUAUGUUGUUGCGAGAGCUUCUCACCGACCCGGAACUAUCACAAUACUCGGCACUUAUGAUUGACGAAGCUCACGAAAGGACUGUUAGUACGGACAUCGCCUGUGGCCUGCUGAAAGAUAUUGCCCGUGCAAGACCUGACUUGAAACUACUUAUUUCUUCCGCUACUAUGGACGCCAGGAAGUUUCAGAAAUAUUUCGAUGAUGCGCCCAUCUUCAACAUUCCUGGUCGAAGGUACGCAGUGGAUGUCCACUAUACGGCACAACCUGAAGCCAAUUACCUGGCAGCCGCUAUCACCACCGUCUUCCAGAUUCAUAUCACGCAAGGCGCUGGCGACAUAUUGGUGUUUCUUACUGGACAAGAAGAAAUUGAAGCCAUGGAAGCCAGUUUACAGGAAACGGGUCGCAAGCUGGGUAGCAAGAUCAAAGAAAUGAUCAUAUGUCCGAUUUAUGCAAAUUUGCCGACGGACUUGCAAGCGAAGAUCUUUGAGCCUACUCCAGCUGGGGCGAGAAAGGUUGUCCUUGCUACCAACAUUGCGGAGACGUCUCUAACCAUCGAUGGAAUUGUGUAUGUCAUUGACCCUGGAUUCGUCAAAGAGAACCAGUAUAAUCCACGUACGGGGAUGGAGUCGUUGGUUGUCGUGCCGUGCAGCCGUGCUUCAGCAGGCCAACGUGCUGGUCGAGCUGGUCGUGUCGGGCCCGGCAAAUGUUUCCGGCUCUACACGGCUCAGGCGUACAAGAACGAACUCGACGAAAACACUACACCAGAGAUUCAGCGGACGAAUCUGACCGGCGUUGUACUCCUGCUGAAAAGUUUGGGAAUCAAUGACCUUCUCGAUUUUGAUUUCAUGGAUCCACCUUCGACAGACACGCUUGUUCGUGCAGUCGAACAGCUAUAUGCCCUCGGCGCGCUCAACAACGCAGGCGAGUUGACGAAAGUUGGUCGCCAGAUGGCUGAAUUCCCCACUGACCCUAUGCUUGCGCGGGCAAUCCUGGCCGCGGACAAAUAUGGCUGCGUCGAAGAGAUAUUGUCCAUCAUUGCCAUGCUGGGCGAAGCAUCUGCUCUGUUCUUUCGACCAAAAGACAAGAAGAUCCAUGCCGACAGCGCUAGAGCAAGAUUCACCAACAAAGACGGUGGCGACCAUCUGUCGUUACUGAACGUCUUUCAAGAAUGGGCCGACUCCGAUUACAGCUUCGUGUGGGCUAGAGAGAAUUUCCUGCAGCAAAGGAGCUUGACAAGGGCGCGAGAUGUUCGAGAUCAGUUGGCUAGACUCUGUGACAGAGUUGAGGUGGACGCUGGCAAAAGCUGUGGCGGUUCAACAAACAUUGAGCCAGUUCAGAAGGCUAUCACGGCCGGCUUCUUCCCGCAUUCCGCCAGAUUACAGCGUGAUGGGCAGAGUUAUCGGACCGUCAAAAAUGGCCAGGUUGUCUAUGUGCAUCCUUCCAGCGUCCUCAUCGAGAGCCAGCCUAAAUGGACCAUCUAUCAUGAAUUGGUCCUGACCAGCAAGGAGUAUAUGAGGAGCUGCAUGCCCCUGAAACCAGAGUGGCUGAUUGAGGUGGCUCCGCAUUACUAUAAGAAAAAGGAUCUGGAAUCACUGGGUGUUGAGCGCAAGGUUCCGAGAGGCGAAGGCAAGGCCCAAAGUAAGAUAUAGUCCACAUAAUAAAUCUGGCGAUAUGAAUUUUGGUCACUUGUUGGACCGCAUGCAGCCCAAUACCUGGUAGAUGGCAUCUCCGCAAGGCUGCGAAAAUUCAGCCUCGCCAAGCCACCACGU